CUUCUCAUGCUGCCUCUGCCACCUUCUUGGUCAGAAGAUACCAUUUCAACUUUAAUCCAGCAUGAUCGAAACGUACAGCCAACCUUCUCCCCGAUCUGUGGCCACUGGACAGCCCAUCGGCAUGAAAGUUUUUAUGUAUUUACUUACAAUUUUUCUUAUCACCCAGAUGAUUGGAUCGGCACUUUUUGCUGUGUAUCUUCAUAGAAGGUUGGACAAGAUAGAAGAUGAAAGGAAUCUUCAUGAGGAUUUUGUAUUUAUGAAAAUGAUACAGAGAUGCAACAAAGGGGAAGGAUCAUUAUCCUUGCUGAAUUGUGAAGAAAUUAGAAGCCAGUUUCAAGGCUUUGUCGAGAAUAUAGUGCUAAGCAAAGAGAAGAUAAAAGAAAACAACUUUGAAAUGCAAAAAGGUGAUCAGGAUCCUCAAAUUGUGGCACAUGUCAUAAGUGAGGCCGGUAGUAAAACAGCAUCUGUUCUACAGUGGGCUGAAAAAGGAUAUUACACCAUGAGCAACAACUUGGUAACCCUUGAAAAUGGAAAACAGCUGACCGUUAAACGACAAGGAUUCUAUUACAUCUACACCCAAGUCACCUUCUGUUCCAAUCGGGAACCUUCGAGGCAAACUCCAUUUAUAGCCAGCCUCUGUCUGAGGUCCGCGGGUGGAUCGGAGAGAAUCCUACUCAGGGCGGCAAAUACCCACAGUUCCUCCAAACCUUGUGGGCAACAAUCCAUUCACUUGGGAGGAGUAUUUGAAUUGCAAACAGACGCUUCGGUGUUUGUGAAUGUGACUGAUCCAAGCCAAGUGAGCCACGGGACAGGCUUCACGUCUUUUGGCCUACUCAAACUCUGAACAGUGCAACCUCCCAGGCUGCGGCGGGGCCGGCAAAGCAGUUAGGAGCGCCCCCUAUUUAUAACCCUAGGACCCUCCUCACGGAGAACUAUUUAUUAUGCACCCCUGGCACGUAGGGCUGGACUAAGUGAAAUACAGGGCGGUGGAAAUCCUGAGACCCUGCUCCAUAAGAGCUUACAUUCUGAAGUAGCAGCCUCGCUGAUGCAAACAGCCGGAGGACCUUAUGAACAGGGAAACAGCAGAUAAUUAGCCAAGUUCAAGUUCAGUUUUGUUUCUUAUGGGCAGUGUCUUUCAGUGGAUAAUGGAUUCGAUUUACCAGUGAAGAUGCAGAAGGGAAACUGCGAACCUCCGCUCACGUUCUGAUAUGGUUGACUCUGGGUCCCUGUGGAGGAGGCCAGGCCAGGCUCUGAAGUGUAUCCUACAAUCAC